GGUAACCAACAGUGAUCUCCCAUCAAUAACCCCUAACUGCUUGUGAUUAUUGUGAAAUAUUCAUAUUCCUCAGCAGGUUUUUUAACUGUUUGCUGACAAACUGAAUCCAUUGAAGAACAAACUCAAUAUUUGAAUGCUUCAAGCCAUCUGGAGUUGUCAUAAAAUUUCUAGUAAGCACCCUUUCUCUUUGUAGUCCCCUCUCUAUUUAAACCUCCCCCCCCAACUAAGUGAAAAUUAAAAAUUAGCUCCCUUUCUAUUAACUCCCCUUAUUUAGCCCCUGGUGGCAAAAAAAACAUGCACGUUGAGUGGGUAUCUUGAUGGGUGUGAUCAUUUUAAAAUUGUGUGCAUAAAAUACGGCCCAUGUAGAUUUUACUUGUGUGCUUUGAAAGUCAAGAGGAUAUUGAUGUUGAUCCUUUCGAUGGAGUCCCAGAGGACAAAAUUUUCUUUGAAGAUGUCAUAGAGUGAUCAAUUGAUCCUGGUGAUUCUGAUGAAGAUGGGGACAUUGUAAUUGAUUAAUUUUUAUAAACUUUUGACGCUGUAAGCAAAGUGUUUUGAGAACAUUUUUAGGAAAUUUUUAUAGCAAAAGAUGCAUAAGAACAUUUAAAAAACUUUUACUCCUUGAAUAAUUUAUAAGCCCCCCCCUUCUUUGAUAAGGCUCCUCUAUUUUUAACCCACCUACUAGGAUAGGACUGAUCAAAGAAGCCCCCUCCUCCUGUAGGGCUUAUAGAGCUUUUACUGUUUUGAAGAUUUUUGGUAAAUUUUAGUGUCUGUGGGCGCUAAUGCAGUAAUGUACCUCUCAGGAUCUAUAGGUCCUACACAGGUAAACUAUAUACCAAACGAUAGAAUUUUUAUGUUUCCAUAUGAGACCAUUGUUUCCUUUCCUUUUCCUCCCAGUUUGCAAUCGCCAAAUUAGUUUCGCGUUAAUUAAUUUUGUAUCAUUUACUUAUCUUUUCAUUGAGCAAAAUGCAAAGAAAUGCUUAAUAUUGGCAUUAAAACAAAGAAAGUCAAACCAUUUUGAUGAACCAGGGAGGCGUUGAACUUUCAGGUCUAACCAGUGACGGGAUGCAUCUAACAAGGAAAAGCAAAUCACAGCAUAUAAAACAUGGACUAAAAUUCUACAAUUUAUCUUUAACUUCAGUUGUGUAACUACUUUAUACGAAUUGGGCAGUCACUACCAACCAAGUUGAACUUUGUGUACUUCUCAUUUCACCUUUUUUCAGUCUAAAACGCCAAUAUCCCUCCCUCUUUAAACAGCCUCGUUUAAGCACAGACUUCUUGGAAUUAUUGGAGCACCACAUUUUGAAAUAGUUGUUGGCCUGGUCAACAAAAGAUUGAUUUAUUUGGUGAAAUGUCAGUUGUUACAAUUCAACUUGGACAGUGUGGAAAUCAAAUUGGGUUCGAUUUGUUCAAAUUGAUUGCAUUUGAUGCUUCUUUAACAUCUAGGAAGUCAGGUCUUUUGGUGACUAGUAACGAUGACUACCAAGACGAAGUCGUCGAACGGUUUUUUGAAGAGUCGGAUAAUAAAAACCAGAAGGCAGAUUUGACCGCUAGGGCAGUCCUUGUCGACACUGAACCGAAAGUUAUAAAUCAGUGUAUAUUAGGAUCUGAGAAAUAUGGUGGAUGGAGUUUCUCAAGAAACAAUACAUUCCACAAAAAACAGGGGUCAGGAAACAACUGGGCGCAAGGAUAUGAAAGAUAUGGAAAGGAGGUGGCUCAUGAAAUCAUCGAUUUGACAAGAAAAGAAGUUGAAAAGUGUGAUCUACUUGGUGGUUUUCUAGUGAUCAUGAGCUUGGCAGGAGGAACAGGUUCAGGAUUGGGCACAUAUUUUACACAUUGUUUAAAAGAUGAAUUUGAAGAUUCCUGUGUUGUUAAUAACGUCAUAUGGCCUUACUCUUCAGGGGAAGUUAUUUUGCAAAAUUACAACACUGUUCUCUCACUUGCACAUCUGUAUGAAAGCUCAGAUGCCAUAAUUGUCAUGCAAAAUGACAACUUGAAUAAAAUCUGUACAAAACUUAUGAAUUUGAAAAAUGUUUCUUUUGAUGACAUUAACAAAGUAAUUAGUCACAAAAUUGCAAGUGCUUUACAGCCAGCAUUUUCUGGAACCAGCUUACGUAGAUCAAAUAUUUUACAAGACCUAAUAAGUGGAUUAUGCCCCUUUCCAGGGUGUAAACUUUUAUCAUUAAAGAACAUACCACAAAUUAGUGAAAAGUCAAUUGAAUACACAACAUUUGUUUGGCCAGCCAUGCUGAAACACUUAAGGCAAAUGCUAGUUGCAGAUGCAGCAAUGGAAGAAGGAAUUGAUUGGAAUGUAAGAGUUCCAUCAUUUACAAAGGUAAAACAGAAAAUUGAUAGGCUUCUUUUCAAUCAAUCUUUGGCAAAUGCAUUGAUUCUAAGAGGAAAAGAUUGCAGUGAUGCAAGAGUAGAAGAUUUUCAACACAAGAGUUUAUAUGCUUCCUGGAUACCAAAGGAUGAGGCAUCAUCAGUCUGGUAUCAAGAGAAAGCAUUCAGCAAGUAUGAAAAGUCUGCUACCUUAAUCAGCAACAGCCAGGGGUUUGUAAAGCCAAUUAAUUCAGUAAUACAGAAGGCAUGGGAUAUGUUUGCUUCACACGCAUAUGUACACCAAUAUGAAAAAUAUGGUAUAAACGAUGAUAAUUUUAUUGAUAGUUUUGGUUGCCUUGAGCAAAUUGUAUCAGACUAUCAAAAUCUUUGAUUUUUAUGUCUAUUUUUUUAUUUAUUUCAUUGCUUGUUUAAAAAUAUUUAUUUAAUUAAAUUGUCUGUUGUUCAAGGGGUCCUCCAAUUUGAAGUCCUUAUAUGGGCCAAGCAAGGCUUAAAUGGCUAUUAUUGUUCAACAUUAUUUUUCAAAAAUUACUUGGCAUUAUAUCAUACUUUUAGUUAAUAGGACAUGGCAGUUCUAAAUUGUUUCGAGAUAUAAUACAUUACCCUUUGGUAAGAAAAGGCAAUGCAAAUCACGAAUAUUUCAGAAACUAAAUAAUAUUAUCCCCUCCUCUUUUAUCGCUCAGUUCUAUUUUCUCCACUGUAUCAAUAAUACCAUUAUCUGAUUAGACGCAUUUGAAAAACAUUAAAUUCUGUUUGAUAGUUUGUUGAUAGUUUGUUGCUUGUGGCCUAAACAAACAUUGCAAAUAUUUACUAGGCUAAUGAACCAAAUAUAGAUGCAGUUGCAGAAAGAGACUUGCUUUCGUAUUUUGCUAUUGCAAAAUCGCCAGUAUUUGUAUCCCACAUGCAUCUGCUUGCUGCUGUCAUUCCCUGUCCACGCACCUCAGCAAGGUGGACAUAACAUAGUAGCUUAUAUUGUGGUAAAUUUAACUUUCUGAUUUUGUUCUGAAUUUCAUUGCUAAGAUCUUUUGAUAACUCCUUGCACUUCAUCUCGUCGUAUUCAACAUUUUGCAGUCGAUUUUUCAAUAUUUCGUUGGCUAUCUCAGCGAUUUGAUCGGAUGGAAAUUCUUGUUGGGGCUUUUCAUUGUAUGUUGUCUUUGUAUUUUUAGAUUCGAUAUUUUGCUGAAAGUGCACUGGUUUCUUUAAAGAUACCAGCAAUUCACUUUUUAAGCAAGAUGUUGCAUUGUCGUCUAAGUUGUCUUUCGGUACAAUUUCCCAAUGUGGACUUCGUUUUAGAUAUAUGAGCUUUG